AAAAAGUUUUACGAGAGAGCGGCGCGAGGCGGUGCUUAGCUCCGUGCUAAAGCUAAAGCUAAAAACAAAGAAAAAUGUGUGAAAAGAGGCGCAGACUGAGAGCGCAGGUGACAGAGCGGCUGACUGCGGCUGCGGACGAGAUCUGUGCGCUGUUUGAAAGAACAAUAGCGGAGUAUGAGGAGGAACUGAGCCGCUCCAAAGAGGAGAACCAGAGGAAACAGCGGCUCCUGGACUCGGCUCUCAGCCCACAGGUCCGGCUCCACAGGACACAGGAUUUUCUUCACACAGAAACAGUUAAAAGUGAAGACGAGGAGCAGAGUCUCGCACCGGAAUCGUACCCUCGACCUGCCCAGGACCUGUACCUCCAGGUGAAAGUGAAGGACGACGCUUCAGAGACCGCCUCCCAGCAGGAACAACCAAUCGGAGACGAGAAUGACACCGCCCCGCACCACGAACCAAUCAGAGACGAGAAUGACACCGCCCUGCACCACGAACCAAUCAGAGACGAGCAUGACACCGCCCUGCACCACGGACCAAUCAGAGACAAGAAUGACACCGCCCCGCACCACGAACCAAUCAGAGACGAGAAUGACACCGCCCUGCACCACGAACCAAUCAGAGACGAGAAUGACACCGCCCUGCACCACGAACCAAUCAGAGACGAGAAUGAAACUGCGACUGAAGACUGGAUGCAGCCAUGGGAACCAGAAUCAGAGGAGGGGCGGGGCUACCGUCUCAACCAAUCACAAACCUCGGACGCCACCCAAACGGCAAACUCCUUUUUCCGAAACAUCACAAAUGGCUGUUCUGUUUUUGUGGACGAGCAGAUGACUUUAACCGAGCUCAAGAGGAAACUAACGACGCAAAACUGCCCCAUCUGCGGGAAGAGCCUGAAGAGAGACCUCUGGAGCCACAUCCUGGGGCACACGGCAGAGAGACCUUUCAGCUGUUCAGUCUGCAACAAGGGCUUCACACGAAAGAGCUCGCUUACCCUACACAAAAGCCUGCACCUGACCCAGAAACCCUUCAGCUGUACAGUUUGCGGAAAAGGUUUCACUCAGAAAUCACAUUUAAAACUCCACCUGGACAUUCACGACAAGCACGAGCAGAAACAGAAGGAAACGGUGAUUAGCAAACGCACGAGAAAGACCAAACAAGCAGCCGCUGUCCAACCCAAACCGCGUUUAAACACAGAAAAGCGGGAACAAAAUCCGGGACGAGAUCAAAGUUCACCUUCUCCAACAGGAAGAGAAAAGAAGAGACGCAAAUGUCGCCAAGCUUCAGAUCAAACUCGAGCUUCCAAGAGGUUAAGUCCGUUAUCUAUUUCCCAAAAAGGCGAGGAGUGUCCCGUGUGUGGGAAGGUUUUCAACGAUUUAUGGAAACACAUGCUGCUGCACACGGGAGAGAGACCUUUCAGGUGUUCAGUCUGUAGGAAAGGCUUUACCCGGGUGAGCACCCUGACGCUGCACCGGAGGCUUCACAUGAAAGUCAAACCGUAUAAAUGUUCGAUUUGUGAGCGAGAAUUCACCCAAAACUGCAGCCUCAAAGUCCAUCUGGCCAAACACGCCAAAGAAGACGAGCUCGUCCGACUCAGAGCCAAACCUCUGGCCCAACAGCUGCGCAGUUUGAAUCUGCAGAAGUAUUUUGGAACCGAAAACGACCGAAACUUUGAACCGCAGCCGAGUACUUCACAGUAACGAUUCAGUGUUUUCUCCUUCGAUACCGAUACUUUGGCUUUAAGUUUCCUCCACGAUCUGAGCACAGCUGAAAUCAGACGUUUAUAUUCACUAAAUAAAAACACACACGUUUUUUUUUCUUUGUGUCUGUCAUGAAAUCAGACUAAACUUUUCCUGUUUGUCUGAUCAAAAUUGUUUCUAUUUGCCAAAUGUCAGAGGAGGAUUGAGGAUGAGGGAAAGAUUUUUUAGACUUUUUGUUCAUUAUUUUCUACAAUGUCACAAGUUUCUGAACAUUUAGCGAAUAGAAAUAAUUGUGUUAAUCCUGAUUGACCUAAAACAGGAAAAGUUUAGUCUGAUUUCAGUGAGAAAAAAAACACAUGUGUGUUUUAUGUGGUGAAUGUAAACUUCUGGUGUCUCUGUGUGAAUCGGUUCAAUUUAUUCUGUGGGAGACAUUUAUAUUUUUCUGUCUGAACGAGUCAAAAACACUGACUUAGAUUGCGUUACUGUGAGGCAAAUAACUAUUUGAACACCUGUGUAUCAGCUAGAAUUCUGCCCCUCAAAGACCUGUUAGUCCAUCUUUAAAAAGUCCAGCUCCUCUUCACUUAUUCUCCUAAAUUAGAAGCUCCUGUUUGAGGUCGUUCGCUGCAUAAAGACACAUGUCCACCCCAAACUACUAACAUGGACAAGACCAAAGAACUGACAAAAUGCACAAGAGACUAAACUGUAAACCUCCACAAGGAAAGGGCAAAGGGACAAUCGUCAAGCAGCUUGCUGAAAAAAAGAUGUUGGAGCAAUUAUUAGAAAAUGGAAGAAGCUAAACAUGACGGUCAAUCUCCCUCAGACUGGAGCUCCAUGUGAGAUCUCACACACUGAGCUAAAGCACAUGAAAGCGUCGCACAACACUACCCCCACCCUGGCAAUGAACAACUCCACUCCAGAAAAAUAACACGACUGGUACAGAAUCCUCUUAUCCACAGGCCUGAGAAGUGUAAAGACGUAGUACUGUCCAUUAUUAAAACACACUCAGACGUGGAGGGUUAAAACUCAAAUAUGCUCAACUCAGUGACUAAAAUGAGCUGAUUUAAAGAUGCAUGAGUGAAAAAUAAACUUCAAUAUUGCAUUAAAAAUGAAUAAAGUGCAUGUCGUAUGU